AGUUAGUGAGAGCAGUUCGAAGAAAGUGGAAAAAAAUAUCGCGGCUUUAGUUGAGCGCAAGUGAGCCUCCUUCAUGGAGUGCGGUUCGAUAACAUUACAAGCUGUGGAGACGAUUGAUUGUGAUUUUUUUCAUCCCUGCUAGAAGAGAAUUAGAAUUCGAUUAGAUUGUGAAUUCAAUAACCCAGUGGAUUGAAUAAGGCGUCUGUCUUAUUUAAAUUAGAUCGAAUAGUGAAAUUUCCCUCUUCAAUGAUGGCAAAAGUUAGGAAAAAGUCAGCAAGGUGUUACGAAAGUGCGUGAAAGAUGGAAACUGCAUGAUGAAAAAGGGAAGUUGUGAAGUGAAUAUCCAAAUAUCAAUGGUAGGAAAAUUGAAGUUGUUCCAGUUAUGAGUUGGUGUUAUUUCUUCGCCUAGUUAUCACUAUCAAUGCCUCAGUGCAAUUUGACUUGUCCUUAGACGAUACAAGAAGCAAACCCCAAAAAAACGACAGCGCAGCGGAUAGAAUAAUAGCUGACGACGCGACGACGUUGCGGUGCUGCAAUAUAGCUUCUGAUUCUCGUUUGAGCAACGCUCCACCACAAGUACGGCUCACUAUAGUGUGGACCAGUCAGUGCGACGAAACCAAACCCCAGUGCAGCCACAAUCUAAGCGUGUCUACCCUACUAGCAGCCGUGGACUGUUUCGACGAUCGUGGCAAGCAAGAUCGUGGUGGUGCAGCAGUGUGGUUAAUGCACCGCGUGCGUUCGUAAUAAUCUCACGCGGCAUUUAGCGGCGAUCGCUGUGGCCGAGCUCGAACAAAUGGCUUGGAAGUGCGGUCUCUCGAUCGAUUCGUGAUAGAAAAGUAAGUUGUUGGAUGCUGGAGAUUGUAUGCCCGACGUGCGGCGGUGUGAGGCAAGAAGAAACGAAAUAACGAAAUAUCGCAACGUCUUGGAGCUUUUGACUUUGAUUUGUCGCUUAUUCGACAAUCUUGCAAAGUGCCCCAAUAGUUUCGGAAUAGGUCGUGGAUAAUGUGUUGAAAGAAGAAUAAAAUAUGAAAAUGGAAGCAAAAUAAGUGAAACAACAAAGUGCUGGUGAUUGGGAGCAUAGUUUCGAUAAAGUUUUUCUCGCUGCGGGAGAAUAAGUGAGUUGGAAGGGUGCACUAAAGGCGAAAGAAGAGAAAAACUUCUGUGAAAGAUUGUGCAAGCUUGAUUUUUUAAUUAGUGCUCUGAUUGAAUGAAUGUAUAGUGUGAGGAGGAAGGAAACGGACCAUUACUUGAAGAAACUACUCAGCUGGGUCCGCUAAAGGCGAAUUGAAAGGUGUUUUGGAAUCGAUUGAUGGGAGUCACGCGAACACAGCCAAACCAUCGUUCGCAACACAUUUGAAGACCAAACAAACAUCCCCCACAUCUCUCCCAAAGGCAAAGAAUGUUGGAAUUGGUGCAGCGACAUUUGAAAAACAACUCCAACAAGCAGAUACACACGGCACAUCCGGACGGUUGUCACCAAGACUGCUGCUGUUGCACCACGGCGGUGUCCAUCAAAUAGUUGGUGGUUGGUGUUGCUCGGUGGAGCGGUGAGGGAAGAGAAAGAGCCAUCAGGGCAGUGAAUCAGUGGUAGCGCGUGACAAGCAGCUGGCAGUUCAAAUGAAGAUGACAACCUCCAGUUCGGCAAACGAUGGCGCCGGAGGCACGUCUACCAGCAAUGUUCAUCGGAAAGGUCAUAGGCGGAACGAGUCCAUGUAUGCGAUGACGGGUCUGUACGCCGAGGCCCAAACCGAUGACAGCAGUGCGGACAUCCCUCAGGACACCGAGCCGGAAUCGCUGCCGAACUCGAUCAAUACGGCCACCACGGACACGGUCAUCAAGUGCCACAGCCGACAGCCCUCGAACAGUGUCAUGAUGAUGGAACGGGAGAAGCCGCUUCCGAGCGUGCUGCUGGCCAACGAGGACUACUCCCGGGACUGCGGAAUUCUGACCUGCCGACCGUCGGCGAUACAGAAGUUCGCCAGAAUCAAGGUGUUUGUGCUGUUGCUAUCGAUUCUGGUAACGCUGCAGCAGGCUCUGAGCUCUGGGUACAUUAACUCGGUGAUUACAACCAUCGAGAAACGGUUUGAGAUUCCGUCGAGUUUGUCCGGAUUGGUGGCGUCCAGUUACGAGAUCGGGAACGUUAUUACUGUGAUUUUCGUUAGCUAUUUGGGUAGUCGGAGGCAUAUUCCCGUGUGGAUUGGAAUCGGUGCCGUAAUAAUGGGCAUUGGUUCGCUGGUGUUUAUGGUGCCGCACUUCACCGGGGAGCCAAAUCCGGGCAUUAUGAUUGACAAUAAGACAGCCGACAACAUUUGCCGGCUGGUGUCGGUACGGGAGCAGGACAUGGGACUGGGUCGGUUAUCAAAUAGUCUCUCGAAUCCUCCGUUGACGACGCAUAACUUGAGAGGUGACAACUGUAUCAAAAGUAAAGCAUCGACGUUCGGGCCAGUGAUACUGUUUGUCAUUGCUCAGAUUUUGCUGGGUGGAGGCGGUAGUCCUUUGUUCACGCUUGGUACCACGUACGUUGAUGAUCACGUGCGGAAGGAAAGCUCGUCAAUGUAUAUAGGUGCAAUGUAUAGUAUGGCUGCCUUUGGACCGGUGUUAGGUUUCCUGCUGGGAGCGUAUCUUUUGUCGUUCCAUAUGGAUUCAUUUUCCGGCACUGAUAUCAACAUAGAUCAAGACGACCGCCGAUGGGUAGGCAUGUGGUGGGGAGGAUUCCUCGUAUGCGGUAUCCUUUUAAUACUGGUGGCCAUACCUUUUUUCUCCUUUCCCAAGGUUCUCACACGGGAAAAGAAGAAAAUUCGGAUCGCCGAACAAAAGCUUCCCCAAUUGCAGCAAUUAUCGGCAAACAAUUCCAGCAGCCUGCCACGGCCACCCCCACCACCACCGCCGAACCAAUCUCAGCUGCAGCAGCAACAGCCAGGCCAGCAACAACAGCAGCAAACGGUGGGCGGAAGCGGUCAAUCGGGAUCCGGCGGUAAACCACACGAGGAUACCGGAUAUGGAAAGGAUAUCAAAGAUAUUCCACUGUCCAUGUGGCGACUUGUGACCAAUCCGGUGUACAUCGUUACCUGUCUGGGAGCUUGCAUGGAACUGAUGAUCGUUUCAGGAUUCGUCGUAUUCCUCCCAAAGUAUCUGGAAACGCAGUUCAGUCUCGGUAAAAGCCAAGCCAGUGUCUACACUGGAUCCAUUGCCGUUCCUGGAGCGUGUAUCGGCAUCUUCAUCGGAGGGUGUAUUCUGAAACGGUUCCAGCUGAAACCGAAGGGAGCGGUACAGUUCGUUUUGGUUUCGAAUCUGGUGUGUCUUUCCUGCUAUGGACUGUUGUUCUUCCUGGGCUGUGAAAAUCUAAAAAUGGCUGGGACAACCAUUCCAUACUACAACAGUUCACCGGCCCAUAACGUGGAACCCUUCCAGGUCAACUUGACCGCGGCAUGCAACUUCGGGUGCGAGUGCCACAUGUACGAUGUAGAACCAGUUUGCGGUAAUAACGGGCUGACUUACUUCAGCCCUUGUCACGCCGGUUGUACGGCGUUUUCUUCCAGUUCAAAUUACACCAACUGUGCUUGUGUUCAAGCAAAUGUAACCAAAGUAUACACGGGCGCCGAGGGAGCUCAAGCGCAAGCUCUGAACGCCCAUGAAAACUUUGCCGAAGUAACCGUAGUUCCUGUGGCCACUGCCGGUGUCUGCAACAAGCCCUGUCGGACGAUCUACCCGUUCCUGAUAUUGUUAUUCUUCAUGACGUUCGUCGUGGCCUCUACGCAGAUGCCUCUGUUGAUGAUAGUUUUAAGGUCGGUUUCGGAAGAGGAACGAUCGUUCGCCCUCGGGAUGCAGUUUGUGAUAUUCCGUCUGUUCGGAUACAUUCCGGCGCCAAUCGUGUUUGGCAAUCUGAUCGAUUCGUCAUGUUUGCUGUGGAAGUCCACUUGUGGUGAGAAGGGUGGUCGCUGUCUAAUCUACGAUAUAGAGAAGUUCCGCUACAAGUACGUGGGAGUUUGUGCAAGCAUUAAGAUCAUUGCUUUGGCCAUAUUUCUAAUCGAUUGGUGGUUGGUUCGACGACGGAAGAACUUGGACAAAUUGAACCCAAUGUCGGCGAAUGAGCUCGUGGGGUCGAUCAUAAGCUUGGAUAAACUUUUUGAAGAAAAGGGCAAUCUGGAAGGACAAACUGUUCCUUUCAACGGAGAGUGUAUUUCGGGCGAUUCGAUUGGAGAUAACAAUAGUAAACGGGUACUGAUUGCCAGUCGACAUCUACGGAACGAUUCCAAAUCGAUUCAACUGGAAUACAGGUACGACGAAGGUCCAACGCAGCACUACCACAGGCCUAGGAAGCACAUCCGCAGUAACUCAUGUGACAUCAAGAUCCAGCGAUCGAAUUCCGCCACCAAUCGGGAAACAGACUUCCACGACUGGAAGCUGAAGCGUUUCAUGCGGCAUCACACACGAAACAACUCGCGAGAUCUGGAUCAGGAGCACUGCUGCCGACAACAGCCGCAGCAGCAACAGCAAGCAACCUCACACCUGGGUCGAUGGAUUGCUCUACACAACAGCAGCAACGAACAGCCCACGUCCAACAUACGCUACAUUCUGAACCACCUCAAGAACAACAACGUGGAUGGCCACAGCAAGCUAAACUAUAGCAACAGUUGUAGCGGUGCCGCGCCGUGCAACGUACCGAAGAAGAAACGACACACGAGGAACUACUCGUACGGACAGGAGUUCUCGUUCCUUCCGAACAAUGUCAUCAUCCGGUUGGACAACGACAUUGCCAACAAGUUCCUAACGAACAACGGUGGGGCGAGCAGUUCCAGAAAGAGUUCAUUUUCGCAUGACGCCAACCUGUUGAAGAAUGUAAACAAGCUGAACAAUUGUGCCGGUGCUGCAGGCGGAGUUGGCGGCCCGGUGAGUGAGCUUACCGAGGAGUUGGAAUCGAAAUACGCAAAGGGAUCGCCCCAAAGCUACGGGCAUUCGAGAAACAAUUCCAAGGACUUGAAUCUGCUGAAUGUGGGAGUGGGAGAAAGUGCGGGAGGGACGGGUAUUUUAGGAGGCAUCAAAGCGCUAAUAGAAGACUCGAACAGUAUCCUAAGGCAUCGUCGAACAAAUUCGAAGGAUCUGAAGUACAGCGCCUAUCAGCCGUGCGAGCCAAUCAGCAGUGCCAGCAGUAGUUGUGUAAGUAGUAGUAAUAUUAGGAAAUUUUCUGGAGCCGGAGAUGACCGUCAGGGGCAUCACCAAUAUCUCCAACAUCAGUUGGGUCAGCACCAGCCUCCUGUUGGAUCAUCGUCAGCAGUGGCAGUACCGGCAGUCAUUGGUCAACCGUCGAUUAGUGGUGCAGAAGGGCAGACGGAGGCAAUGCAACUACUGCUGGACAAGUCCUCCGGUGUGAUGGAGGAAAGCUGCAAUGAAUCCGGUUCGACGUCGACGAACGUUUAGCCGGCGGUUGGUUUUAGAAGGAAGCGACACCGGAAGACGGGCAGAGGUGCCAUCACGACGCCAUACGCACUAUCCGAUUUUUCCUCAAUUAUUUUGUUUGUUUUUGGAACGAGCUUUCGAGAAAUCACAUAGCUCAUCAUGAACAGUUGCACAACGUCAACUGGUAGAUAUUUUAGAUUGUUUUGUGUUGGAAAUGAGUUUAAUAUAUUUGACAAAAAUGGCAAUAAAAAGGUUUCAGAAGUGUAAUGGUAGGACGAACUAUUUUGUGAUUAGAUCCCGUAGACAUCCCAUAGACUGCAUUUUUAAUUUAGGACUUUUAAGCUCACCACAGAUUGGCAAAUUUUCAUUGUUGUGAUGUUUGUGGAGUAAUUGACUCUGAAUUGUUGGAAAAUAUUGAGUUGCGCAUCAUAUAAAAAAUGAAAAGAAAGGCUCCAACAAAACACUAUUUUCGAAAACGAAAGAAAUCAAAAAUGAUUCCAGGCAGUAUUCACCUAAAAAGAACGAAAAUAAUUCUUUUAGUCGAUGGCAUUUCAACUCCACUUCAUAAUUGAAAGUACCGUUUUGACUCAAAUCCAGAACGUGACUCAUACUCCAAACACUGGAGUUUUAGCGCCAUAAAACUAAAAUUUUCAUCAGUUUCCUAUGCGGAGCACCAAUAUUGUAAACGAAUUCAAGAUACAAUGGAAAGAUCUACGUGAAUAAGGCUGAAAUAAUCACCUCAAUGCGAGUGUUCGGAAUAUGAGUUAUUUUCUGGAUUUGAGUAAAAACGGUACUAAUUUGCCGUCAAAAUCUGGUUUAGUAAUCUUGAAAAAAAAAAUCUGUUUAUUUUAUGACCUAAUAAUGAAUGACAGUCAUAAAAAAGAUAGGCUCGAAAUAACGGAAAAUUUACAAUUUUUACAAAGAUUUUCUUGCGCUUUGAAAUUUCCAAGUUUUAUUCUGGUUUGUGUAGUUUGAAUUCAUCGAUGAACAGCACAUUUUAACACGAAAUAGGUCGAUGCUAUGUUUUCAGAUUAUUUACACAAUUGUUCUUGUUUAUUAUUUCUUUUGAAUAAUUUUUCAAAAAUGUUUCCAGCAUUUUUUAUCAAGUGACGUUGUAAUCCAGAUCAAUCUCCACAAAUAUUAAUAAAACUAAUUAAUGUGUUCUUUAUGUUCAUUAGUGAGUAAUUCAUAAUUUAGUAAAAAGGUUUGCCUCAAAUACACCAAGAAACCAUACAGUAUCGAAAUGCUAGAAGGGAAUCUCAUAACGAGACAUUUAAACACAGCCGCAGUGAAGAACUGAAUAUAUGAAAAUCUAAAAAUACCUUCCAAAUAUUCCUAAUAAACUUUAGAAAGCAAAAAUAAAAAUAAAACAAACCCUCUAGCACUUUAAAAGGAUUUUAUAAAUAAACGUUAAAAAAAACUGGAGAAGGAAAAAGCCGAAAUAGUGAUAAAUGAUGCUAGUUGUUGAAUCAAUAGAAUAAACCCAGAGAACAAACCACACACAGCUCGUUAUAAAUCUAAAAAAAAACUGAAAGCAAAAAACAAGGAAAAUGCCUAAUUUAUCGAGCACUAUAGAAAUAGGAACAAAUAAUAUUUUUAUACAAACAAGAAGCCUAUUCACAUAAACCGGUUAGCGCCGAUCCGGAUGCGACUUAUUAUUGUUAAUACUUUAUUAAAAGAACAAUAAUACCAAAAAACGCGCUGUUGCUUCAAAACAUCAAUCGAGAAACAAAGAGAAAGUCAAUUCUACCGCUGCAAAUCGAUUAUGGAUUGAAACAUCCUGAUCGAACUGGCUGCCAUUCGCAUCCGCGACAAAGCAGUAAGCGUUACGAACAAAAGCAAAACGAGCAUGAACCAAGAGCUGUGAAUUAACUAGGUACAGAAACGAUCGUUAGUGGAUAUGAAUGACUAUUGUAGAGCGAAAGUUAGGGAAUGGUGGAAACAAGAGCAGGGACGAAAUUUUAGCCGAAUUGGAAGCAUGUGUUCAAACUUGUUGUGACCCGCGAGUCAAACAAAUGUUAGGCAUGGGAGGAAUGUAGUGGACGACUGUUUCCGUUUGCAUGGAUUUUAAACGUACAUAGAUGCAAAUUUAAUAGUGGCCCGUAGGUUAGCGAUAAGUGUGUUUCGCGAGUGAGAAUCUAAGUAGUGAUUGAUUUUCCGAUAGUUAAAAAGUUAAUGGAAGCGCUUUGUUCAUUGUCGCUGGGUUAGAGCUGAAUAGUGCUGUAGAAGGAUUAGCCGAGCCAGAAAUAGGAUCUAUUCGCGCCGAAGCCUACCAGUUUUGUGUGAGUUGUUUUGCUCGAUAAUAUUAUUGUCUAUAUUAGAAGGUAAGUCGACUAGUACUCAUUUUCACACUGUACUGUUGUAGCUGUAUAAAUAUACAGUUGAUAAUUAGUGAUUCAAUUGCGCAAGUAGAGAAAAGAAAAACUUGUUAGCUUAGUUUCCUGUUCCAGCAGUAGAAAGAAUUUUACUUAGUUCGUAUCAAUCCGAACUUGUGCUGUUCUGGUGUACGUUUGAACAAAUUUAAAUCCUAAUUAAAAUAUCAAGUAGAAAUAAUGACUAAUUUGGCAACACUGUACUUUAACAGAACGUUACGCUAUAUACAAUUUUUAAUGGCAAAUUCAAAACUUUUCGCAUGAUGAAAAACUGGUUGCAGCAAAGUGCUAAAAUGGGAAGAAAAGCAGACAUAUCGUGCAAUAUAACGCAAUAGUACACAGCACCAAUUAUGAAUAGUUGAAUUUUCGUUUCUGAUACAAAUCUCCAAAUUAUUUACUCACAAAAAAGUAUACACUGGAUGGAGCAAAUGAAUGCUUCAGUACCGCUAUAUUCUUCGUUUUCUCUUUGCGAAUGAGUGUUCUAAGAAUUUUAUUGCAGAAAGCACCAUUUUGCACACUCAACAGAAUCUCACUCGAACUCGUUCAAAAAGAAUAUAACAACUAAUACGGAAAUGAGAAUAAUUGUCAAUUGAACUAUGAGCUAUUCUAAAAAACAGUAAAAAUGCUGUGUGUACUGCACUGAGUAGACGCAAUGAUCACUCACAAAUACAAUCCAAAAGGCUGUACAUACACAUACACACAAGAUUGGUGAUUCUUUCCUUGAAAAAGAAUCUAAAACAGCUAGGAAAGAUUGUGUACUACGAAACAAAAAGAGAAGUGGAGCAUGAAGCGAAGCUAGAACAUAAUUAGUAGGCAGAAUAAUAAAGAAAUUUAUAUAAAACGAA